GCCGGUUCAAACCUAGCAACGGUGCUGGUUGUUCCCUCUUUCUCGGAGUUGAGACCUCUCGCGCCUGCGCGCACUCAACAAGGGUAUCUAUAGGCUAUCUGGAGUUAAAGCAAGCCAGUCGUUCGUGGCCGUCGGUUAGCAGUCGCUCGUCGUCGACGUUUCCUUCGCGUCUGCCCUGUUGAGUUUUCUCUCGGAGCUCCAGCCCCAAGCCACAAAGCAGGAAAAAUGGAGGCCAUCAAGAAGAAGAUGCAGGCGAUGAAGUUGGAGAAGGACAACGCCGCCGACCGUGCCGAUGUUGCUGAACAACAAUCCAAGGAAGCCGUUCUUCGUGCCGAGAAGGCCGAAGAGGAGGUCCGCGCCCUGCAGAAGAAGAUCCAGCAGAUUGAAAAUGACCUCGACCAGGUUCAGGAGCAACUUUCGACCGCCAACAACGCCCUCGAAGAGAAGGACAAAGGCCUCGCAGCCGCUGAAGGAGAUCUGGCCGCUCUUAAUCGUCGUAUCCAGCUGCUCGAAGAGGAUCUCGAGCGCUCUGAGGACAGGUUGAAGGUUGCCACCGCCAAGCUUGAGGAGACCUCCGCUGCCGCUGAUGAAUCCGAACGUAUGCGCAAGAUGCUCGAGCACAGGAACAUCACUGAUGAGGAGAGAAUGGAUCAGCUGGAGGCCAACCUGAAGGAGGCUAAGCUGAUGGCUGAAGACGCUGACAGGAAAUACGAUGAGGUCGCCCGUAAGCUGGCCAUGGUUGAGGCUGAUCUUGAGCGCGCUGAGGACCGUGCCGAGACCGGUGAGACCAAGAUCGUAGAGCUUGAGGAGGAAUUGCGUGUCGUUGGUAACAACCUGAAGUCUCUCGAGGUGUCUGAGGAGAAGGCUCAACAGAGAGAGGAGGCAUACGAACUUCAGAUUCGUUCUGUCACAGGCAAACUGAAGGAGGCUGAGGCCCGCGCUGAAUUCGCUGAGAGGUCUGUCCAGAAGCUCCAGAAGGAAGUCGACAGGCUCGAGGAUGCAUUGGGUUCUGAGCGCGAGAAAUGCGCCUCACUGCAGAAUGACGUGGAGUUAACUCUGAAGGAUCUGCAGUCGAUGUAAACAUUCUCGCUCCACCCGCCAACGCAUUUUAGAUCAGCGAAUCUUCUCCAAGACAACAAGAGCGUUGCCGCCGCCACUGCCGUGACGAACGUGUGCAAGAGUGGACAUCACAACCGCCCCCAACUUUCAACUUUUGCUAGCCAGACAGAACACGCAAGAGUCUUCGACAUUCAUUCCACAACUGCAAUUUUGCACCUUCCCCUCUCAUACAUUCUAUACAUACAGGAGGAAACUAAUAUAGUUACCUAAAUAUACAAAUCAAUAUUAUCGGAGUCGGAGGAACACCAGCGACCGAGCGAGUAUACAGAGAAUCUAUCUAUUCAACCAGAAGAAAACUUUAUCUAAGCAACACAAGACAAUACAUUCGGUGCGAGUCAGACCAACAGGUUCUUAUUCAGACAGACAGACAGACAGACAGAUAGGAUAGAAUUUCUCGUGCUUGAUGAAUCCCAAAAAGUGGUAUCAGUGGAGAAAUCGAAUUCUCUCCUCGUGGAGUUUGCUGUAAUUCAUUGCCGAUCGUUUGAUUGAGUGGUUCUCCGCUGCCACGUUUCAUCUGCUUUCUAUAACGUAUUUAAACAGGUUUGUAGUGAUCUACCAACUAACAUUUGACGAUUCUCAUUCGAUUGAACCGUUUUCUGCCGGUCUCGCAUUGCGACGAACCUCAGAAUCGGGUGCUUGAUCCUUUGCUCAAUUUUCUCCGCGAGAUGCGUGUUCAAGGUUCUUGCUUGGCACGUUCGACUGACCAUGAUAGUCCGAGUUCUCGGUGAUUAUGUCCCCCCAUGUCCGAUCACCGAGUACGAUAAUCGUCGUGCCCCGAGUCCCUGAUCCGGGUUUUCUCAACCUGCUGACUGAAUCCUCUUCGUUAUCUCUCUUGCAGACGAACUGGUUCAAGAGAAAGAGAAGUACAAGAGCAUCUCGGACGAGCUCGACCAAACCUUCGCCGAGCUCACCGGAUACUAAACCGGAUAAUCCCGCUCGGAAGAAGUUCAGUUGGAAGUUCCACCACCGCAGCUUCUUCCCUUCGGGCCUGCUGUCCUUCAUCCCCGCUAUUUUAUUUCUAUAUAUGUGGUUUACCAACGAUAUUCAAUC